ACCAGCGAGGACAUGGUCUGAAAUUUGGUCAUAUGACGGACUAAAAGGCCCGGCCUUCUGGGGAAGGAUGUAUUCAGCUUGGUUUCUAUGCAGUAAGGGACAGAGACAGUCACCUAUAGAUCUACGAGCUGAGAGUCUAGUCUACGAUCCAAACCUUCCACAACUUGAGAUAGAUUCACCCGCAGAGACGAAUGGAAUCGUGAAUAACACUGGUCGAGGUAUAUCGUUCUUCCCUGAUCCUGCAAACGUCACUUACAUAUCACGAGGGCCAUUGAGUUACCGCUAUCGUCUAGUCGAAAUUCGCCUACACUUCGGCGGGGAGAACACGCACGGAUCGGAACAUACCGUUGGGGGUCGAGCUUUUCCGGGCGAGUUGCAACUGAUCUUCUUCAACGAUGACCUGUAUGAUAGCUAUGGACAAGCUGAAAAAUCACCAAACGGACUGGCAAUUAUGGGACUAUUUAUUAAGGAAGGUAACAUGACUGGACGAGAAUUAGGAAAAUUAUCAGGAAUUCAUGUGCUCAGACAUUUGGUUUACAAAGGUAGUCAAGUUAACGUUUCGAGCCUCAGUAUACCCCUUCUUCUACCCGAAACCAAGGAAUAUAUGACGUAUGAGGGCUCAAUAACCACGCCCAGAUGCACAGAGACUGUUACAUGGAUCAUAUUCAACAGACCCGUAUACUUCACAAGCUAUCAGCUCGACACAUUAAGGGAACUUGUGAGUACAAGACGUGGAGAGGAGACGGAAACAAUAUUACGUAAUUACCGCCCUCCUCAGAGAAUCGGUACAAGAACAGUACGGACAAACAUAGUACAGAAAUACGCAGGUGGAAAGGAUUGUCCGCUUCAUAGGAGAGAGUAUUCGUAUAAAACUCUCGUUUCGAGGAGGUGAAGACACGUGAAUUGUGUACAAAAUACAUGUUAUAUCUAAAGUCCUCCAUUCGGAUACCUCUCAGAGCGCCCUCUCCCGUCUAGCAAGCUCCAUGGUUUCACUCAACGAAAACAAAAUGGCUGAAGUACAGGAACAUGGGUUUAUUUCAUUACGAUAUCACAUCACGCCCCGCCCAUACCGGAGAGACCGAUACUAUAACGACAGGAGACCGAACAAAACAUUACAUAAUUUCAAAUGGUGAUGAAACGACCAUUAUGGAGUCUGCUUUGAGGGUGCAGCUGAUCAUGAGGUAUCACAUAUAAUUAGAUUAUGUAGAUACAGCGUGGUUUACAAACGCCCUCGGCAUGGAACGCUUUGGACAACACUACUUUGUGUAUGAAAUAGGAUUUUCUAAAUAUCUAAAUCCCCCCUCCUACUUUCGCCAACCAGAUUGUACAUUACACAUAUGUCUAAUGAGAUUUUAUUAAUGAUAAUUAUGCAUAACUGUUGGUCUUGCUAGGGUGCCUAAUUAGUAAGUUGGUUGUUAGAUUCGGUCAUAAUUUCAUGACUUUAUAGAGUAUUUCUUUACUGUACUCGUUUUUAAAUAAUCACAAACUAUACUCAAUUCUAGUAUUGUCAAAGUAUAUGAUAAUUAAACUCUAACACGGCUUGUGCAUCUUUAGAAUCAAAGACAAACCGAGUAUAAUAAUGUUAUGCUGUAUACAUCUGUGACCAUGAUGAGAUUAAGGAAUAAGUCGAGACCAAAAGCCUAUCAAUUCUCCAUUUUCAUCAACAUAAGCAUUUGUCGCGACUAACCACGCACUACCAAAAGAGGGAGCUUAUAAUACGACGGUUGUGAAAAUUACAUGCCAUUGAAACGCAAAAAUGAUAUCGCUAAAUUAUUCCAUUCAUCCUCACAUCGCUAGUUAAUUCAUUCAUAUUUGUUUUGUAAAAUACGAUGCUAAUUUUGGAAUUAUGCAUUUAUUACUGGAUAGAAAAAUUAUUCUUGCUGAAACAAAACAAUUCUUCGAUGACAUGUUAUUUUCUUCAAAAUGCCACAACACUUAGCAAUAUUCAAUGCAUAUUUGCCCUCCUUCGACAUUGUUCGGUAAAUUAGCGAGAAAAUGCUACUUCGACGAUGGUGGAACGAUGAUAUUUGAACGUCCAAACUGGUUCAUUCAUUUCAGAUGAUCCGUUAUUGAUAACCUGCCAAAAUAAAAGCUAGCUGAUAUAUGAUUUAAUUAAAGGUAUAUGAUUUCUUUUUUUAAUUUUAGCUCAUUAUUAGUUGGUUGGUGUAUAGAGAAUUAUUAUAUAUGACGAUUUGAAAUGAAUCAUACUCCCAUUAUAGUCAUUGUUAUUUCAGCUCAGAGUCUACGUUUAUUUAUUUCUAUACUUGUAGAUAGCUGAAUCAUUACAUGCUAUUAUAGGAUGAACGAUGAAUAGCAGGGUUUUUUUCUUUUUGCUGUAAUAAUAUUUUGUUAUCUGUAUCUUUCUUACUAAAGGUGAGUGAGCACAGGAAUCAUUUGAAUUCUUGGUGAGUUUUCGUGACUACGAGGAUAAGUGAUCACGAACCCAUGCAAUUAUUGUUUCUUUAUAUUCCUUUCUCCCUCUCUAUCUCUCUCUCAUUCUCUCUUUC